AUGGCGAUUUUCCAAGUCGAUGACCAGGCCCUCCUUUACAAGUCCGCUAUCCCUACCCAUGCGUUCCGCGACAGUGGAAAGCUCAAAUUAUACCUUACACCGUUACCUACGACUACCAACGGUGCAACGACGGAAGGUGGUCACUUGGACUCCGCGCUUCGACCCCAUCGCAAACCCCUGCAGUGUUUGGCGCACGUUGGGCACCCGCAGGUCACCAGUACUUGGUCCAAGACGGGCCAUCUGCAACAUGGAGAUCAGACGCAGAGACAAGAGCAUCCUCACCUCAAGAGCGCGCCGCAUGCGAACGCGGACUGCGAGCCGGGAGACUAUAUCUGCGGGCACCCGUCCGCUCGCAGCUAG